AUGAGCUCGCAUCAUCCCAACCCAAAGGACUCGGUCAAGUCCACUUGGCGCAGAAAAGACCGCAAAGAAUGGCGCAUCAUCCACCGGCUGUACGAGUGGCUGCACAUUCUCCCCAGCGACCUCGACAGGCCCGUGCCGGUCCACGCCAAGUCGGAACGCGUCCCUUACCUAGACGACUGGCAGCAGCACUGCUGGAUCCUCCUCCACGCCUUCGCCCCCAUGCUUGUCCACCACCUGUAUAUCCACCUCGCCGGCCGUAACCUCGCCCCCUGGCAAGCCGUCCUCUUCUACAGCCUCGCCUUCAAACUAAACGGCAUCCGCGAAUUCACCAUCCUCCGAAACCUCGGCCAUCGCCUCGGUUUUCUAGACGGCGAUGCCCAUCCACGAGACGAUGUCCCAGACGUGGGCGUCUUCAAGGUCCUCUCCGCCCUGGUUGCCACGUCCACCUUUCGCCCCGUCUUUACCAUUUUCUUGUCCUACAGCGUCUCCCAGCCACCCUCUACCACCAACUGGCGUAUGCUGCCGGUUGAAGUCGGGCUUUACGGCAUCAUCCUUGACUUUUGGUUCUACUGGUACCAUCGCCUAAUGCACGACGUAUCUUUCCUCUGGAAGUACCACCGGACCCAUCAUUUGACCAAGCAUCCUAACCCUUUGCUUACCCUCUACGCCGACUCGGAGCAGGAGCUUUUCGACAUUGCCGGGAUCCCCUUGCUUACUUACUUCACCAUGAAGGCCCUAGGCUUCCCCAUGGGCUUUUACGAGUGGUGGGUGUGUCAUCAGUACAUUGUGUUUGCCGAACUAGCGGGGCAUAGCGGGCUGCGAAUGGUGGCUUCGCCGCCCAAUCCGUUCAACUGGUUGUUGAGGCUGUUUGACGCCGAGCUUAUCAUCGAGGACCACGACUUGCAUCACCGAAAGGGCUGGAAGAGCAGUGCCAAUUACGGCAAGCAGACAAGACUGUGGGACCGCGUGUUUGGCACUUGUCGGGAACGGUCUGAAUGUCAAGUGCAGAACAUAGAUUGGGAGAACCGGGUCUCCAUGCCCAUUUUUUAG